AGACCAAACCAUCGAUUGGCUGGCGAUAACAGCGCAAGAGAAAUAUCACAAAAAAAAUAACCUUUUUCAUUUUCAAGACAAACAUGUAAAACAUGAGUUUAGCAGAGUUGACAGCGACCAAGACGAGAAAAAGCACACGCAGCUCUGCAAAAGACAACCACGACGACGAGCGAGUGGAGUAGAAGGAAGGACCAGGAGUGGAGUAGCAGGAGCAGGAGCAGUCAGCCCAGGGCGUGCGGAAAAAUCAAUCGCAGCGACAGGAAGCCACGGAACCCGCCGCCGCCAUGGUGAUAGAGAUAGAGAAGAUCAUCGGCGACCUGGAGUCCAACAUGACGCUGGAGAACGAGGAGGCCAAGCGCAAGCUGGUGGAGUUGCUAACCCAGAACAAGGAGCAGUGGGUGGUGCAGUUCAUGCUGGACUACUUCUUCAAAACCGGAUCUCAGCGCAUUCUGGAGGUGCUGGUCAAGGCCCAGGCGCCGCACGAUGGCUUCAUCUUUGACCGGCUGGACGACUGUCUGAAGCAGUCGCAGCACCGGGUGCAGAGCCUCCAGGUGUUCUGCUUUAUAGUGCGCCACCAUCCCACCUGGCUGUACAAGAUCGAGAAACACCGGCUGAUCAAGAGCGUGUUCAAGCUGCUGACGCACGAGAAGGAGAUUGUGCCGCUGAUGAGCGCCUUACUGUGCAUAAUCACCCUCCUGCCGAUCAUACCGAAUUCCGUGCCCAACUUCCUCAACGAUCUGUUCGAGGUUUUCGGGCACUUGGCCUCGUGGAAGCUGCAGAACAGCGCCAAAAUGCCGGACGAGAAGCUCGUCCACCUGCAGUUGGGUCUGCAGAUGCUGUUCCACCGCCUGUAUGGAAUGUAUCCCUGCAGCUUUAUGGCCUAUUUGGGGGAGUUCAUCAAGCGGGGCAACGGAGGCGGCAUCUUCCAGCACACGAUCAAGCCGCUAUUGGACACUGUGCGACUGCAUCCUAUGCUGCUAACGGCCACGCCAGAGACGGAGGUGAACAAUACCCGUUGGAAGGAGAUGGAGCCGCAUGACGUGGUCAUGGAGUGCGCCAACCUGUCGCUACCCGUGCUUCUGCCCGAGGCGAGCAACGAAGACGGCAGCUAUGCGUAUCCCAUCACCCCGGGAUACAGUCGCAUGACCUCGAACACCUCGACUACGGACUACAGCUAUCAGCUGAGGGAGUUGCAGCAUUCGAGGAACGUGUACUCCCGCUUCGAUUCGUCCGCCUCGGGUGGAGAGCUGGGUGCCAUCUGGAGUCCGCACAAUGAGAUCGCCACGACCAGUAGCGCCAUACCGCUGACGCCCACCACAUCGUUUAUUUUGCCACUCCAGCCGGCGAUGAACUCCCAGCUAAUGGUGGGCAUGACGGGUUCUUCGCCGCCCGAAGCUGCUGUGGAGGCCACGCCGGAAACAACGCCCCUAAAGGAUGUGAGAGAGAUAAAGCAGCCAGGUCGUGCGGUAAAUUCGCAUGCCGUGAGAGCCAUCUUCGCCGUGAGCCAGCCUUCUUCACCCAUGCGCAAGGACCAGCAGAAUCAGUUCAGUUUCCCUGAUGUCACUCGCGAGGCGGAGGAAAGCAGUCAUUCGUUUCUGGAAGUCAACAGGGUGACCACAUACGACCGGCGUCUGCAACAGGUCAUGCAGGACAGGCACAACGUGAACGCAUCUUUUCCAAGCAGCAUGCCGGAAAUCAACUCCGAAUUGUCACUCGCCGGUGGUUCCGUCUAUCCAGCUGUCACUCAGGAGGUCGCUUCCGUUUGCGGCGAGUGCAACGAAACGGACAGGAACCUGUGCAGCGUGGGAGGCCUCCACAUGCCCACCAGCCGAUCCAUGCACCAGCUUGCCAAGAAGCGACGCAAUCGUAUGGCCAGUUAUAGUGGCCAUGACAGCUGUGCGGACAGCAGGAGCUCGGCAGCCAAGAAGGCAAACUGGAGCGUGGAGGCGGAGAACCCAAUGCGACGGACUAAGUCCUGCUCAGCUUUGGCCGCAAUGCGGCAGCAACAUAUGGAGGAGAACGACGACGAGGCCGAUUGUCCGGGCCAAAGGCAGAGAUCGGAGAAUGGAAAUACGCAAAAGACUGGCAGCCGCCUGCAGAGGAGCGGCCGGAUCCUGGCCAUUUCGGCGCCCAAGGAGCCGGCCAGGAGCUGCGCCCACGCCUCCACCCAGACGGUGGAAGGAGUGGAUAGUGCUCCGGCGCAGUACGAGAAUUGGCUGAUUGAACUUCUGCUGGAGUGCAAGGAGCAGCGGAAUAACUACGAAAGGAGCCUACUGUACCCACAGGAUUUCCUGGACGAGUACAUCAAGCAUGCGAUCAAGGCCAAUGAAACCUUCGACGCCGAGCAGGGUCAACUGAUGUGCCUGCAGCUAGGGUACGAAAGCUACCGGCGGUCCAUUCACGCGGAGCGCAAUCGAAGGCUCAUGGGACGAAGCAGGGACAAGCGCAGCCUGGAAAUGGAGCGGGAUCGGUUGAGGGAGCAGCUAAAGAACUUCGAUGCGAAGAACAAGGAUCUAGCCAGUAAGAUGGAUCAGGCCAUGCGGUUGGCCAACGAGCGCCAGAACAUCCAUCAGGAGGAGCUGGGCGAGAUGAGGGCAAAGUAUCAGCACGAGCUGGAGGAGAAAAAGUGCCUGCGGCAGGCCAAUGACGACCUGCAGACGCGCCUCACCAGUGAGGUGGCCCGCCAUAAGGAGAUGAACUACGAACUGGAAUCGCUACGGGGACAGGUCUUCAGUCUGGGCACCGAACUUCAGCACACCCAGCAGCAGGCGGACAUGGGGCUGCAGUGCAAGCAGGAGCUGGCGCGCCUGGAGGCCGAGUUCAUCAUCAUGGGUGAGGUUCAAGUGCGGUGUCGCGACCGUCUGGCCGAGAUUGAUAAUUUCAGGGCCCGCGACGAGGAACUGCAGAUGCUGCAAGAGAGCAGCCAGCUAGAACUAAAGGAACUGAGGCACAGCCUGGACGAGAAGACAUCACAGCUGGAGAGCAUGAAGCACAAGAUCAGUGACCUGCAGGCCCAGCUGGCCAACAGCGAGAAGGCCAUGACGGAGCAGAAGCGACUUCUGAGCACGGUCAAAGAUGAGUACGAGGAAAAGUUCAAGUCCGUGAACAAGAAGUAUGACGUGCAAAAGAAGAUUAUCAUGCAGAUGGAGGAGAAGCUGAUGAUGAUGAUGGCGCAGCCGCAGGGAAUUGCAGGUCACAACACCUGCUCCCCGGACACGGACAGAACUGACAUUGCUUCCUCCAUUGAGCGCAACUCGCCGCUGUCCACUUCGCUGGCCUCCAGCGAGAGUCUAUCGGCCAGCCUGCGCUCCACGGAGCUGAAGAACCUGCACCAGCUGGUGGACACACCCUCGAUGCCGGAAGUGCUGAGCAGCCUGGCCGCCACCGCCCAGUUCGAGGACGUGCGUCUGCCGGCCGUGGAUCUGGCCUCCUCGGCCAGCACUGCUAGUGCCAUCAACAUCGUGCCGCACGCCUUGGACCUGCCGUCGACCUCCGGCGGCAUCGGUCACACGCUUACCCACCCACAUCCGCAUCCGCAUCUCCACCUGCAGCAACACCAACAGGAGCAACUGCAGCAAGAGCAGCUGACGCAGUUUGUAAAAAAGAACUAGCUUUCCUUCGCUAAACAAAUGUCUAUUGGGAAAAUCCAAACAGAAAAUCAACAAAAAAAGUUAUUGGUUCUACAUAUUUUCAUAUUCAGUUCAAAACUGUAACUAAGGUUUAAUAAAUCGCUGACUCCACGCAAUAA